UCUUAAACCACAGAAGAGAUUUUAGCUCCAUUUAUAGAAGCGGAUGUGUCAAACAAACAAAACAAAACAGUCUCGUCGUCAGUUGUUUCUUGUCUGUACAGAUACCUCCUGUCGAGAGUUUGCCACAUCGAAAUAAAAAGAAAAGAAAAAUAUUAAGAAUCAUAGCCACAAGUUAAAGUUACCUACAGUCCGAAUUGUUAGCUUCUCUUGAUUUGGAUUAAGGGGAAAUAGUCAUAUCCUAUUCAUAAAAGUGGUACUGCAAAAUCCAUAAGCUGAUCACAUAAGUUAAAACACUGACUGGGCGAAAGGAAUGGCUAAAAGUGUUACCAAGCAGUUAUGAACAUUUUCGACGCGCGCGAAAUUAUUACGAAAACAAAAGGCUAGAUAAAAAUGAAACCAAGCGUAACAAAACAAGCUGUAUCGGCCGCGCAGGGCUCAAGCGCGAAUGUGAGUAAACUCCCAGAUGGCUUUUCGUCAUCCAAUGGCUUCUCGGAGGAACAAAAAUUCGUGGAUUAUUCGAGUGUUCGGGAGAAAACGGUUCUUGUUGGACCGACUGAGGAACAGUUCGAUUUGUUGAUGAAACGGUUAUUGGAACGCAUAACUGCCAGUCGCGGUGAAACGGUUUAUGAGAUCGGUGUUGGCGAAGAUGGUAGUGAGAAUGGCUUGGAGCCCGACGAGUAUGCUGCUUCCUUGGCAACACUUCAAUCCUUGGCGGCUAUGCUUGAAGCAGAAUGUGUCGAAUUGCGUACAAGAAAAGCUGAGAAGGGAAUAACAGGCCAGUAUCUAAUACGACGGAAAGUAGAGGAAGACGAUUUCACCGAGGUUCGAGUAGCAGUCGUGGGAAACGUAGACGCUGGUAAAUCCACUCUGCUCGGUGUUUUGACACACGGGGAGCUAGACAAUGGUCGUGGUUUUGCGCGACAACGACUCUUCCGCCAUAAACAUGAAAUUGAAAGUGGUCGUACCAGCUCGGUUGGCAAUGACAUCCUCGGUUUCGAUAGCGUGGGGAACGUGGUCAACAAGCCGGACCACGGAACGUUAGAUUGGGUAAAAAUCUGCGAGAAGUCUGCCAAAGUCAUCACAUUCAUUGAUUUAGCUGGACAUGAGCGAUACUUAAAGACGACCGUGUUCGGGAUGACGGGUCAUGCACCUGACUUUGGCAUGCUUAUGAUUGGUGCGAAUUCUGGCAUUGUUGGAAUGACGAAAGAACAUCUUGGGCUCGCCCUGGCUCUCUCGGUACCGGUCUUCGUGGUGGUCACAAAGAUAGAUAUGUGUCCGCCAAAUAUUUUGCAGGAAAAUCUGAAGCUGCUGUACAAAAUACUAAAAUCACAGGGCUGCCGAAAGGUUCCGGUAAUGGUGAAGACGAGCGAUGAUGUUGUUCUGAGCGCUACAAAUUUCGUUUCCGAACGGCUAUGUCCAAUUUUUCAAGUAUCAAACGUCACUGGCGAAAAUUUAAAUUUGUUGAAGAUGUUCCUCAACCUACUAAACGUGCGCACUACGGGGAACGAUGCACUGCCGACUGAGUUUCAGAUAGACGACACCUACGCCGUACCGGGUGUGGGAACGGUCGUAUCAGGAAUUACCCUGCAAGGGAUCGUGCGAUUGAACGACACGUUGUUGCUUGGGCCAGAUCCUCUAGGUGACUUCCAACCGAUUACAAUCAAAAGUAUUCACCGGAAGCGCAUGGUGGUACGUGAAGUGCGCAGUGGUCAGACGGCUAGUUUCGCAUUGAAGAAGAUCAAACGUUCUCAUAUUCGCAAAGGUAUGGUGAUGGUAAGUCAAGCACUAAACCCACAAGCUUGCUGGGAGUUUGACUGUGAAAUAUUGGUUCUACACCAUCCGACGACAAUUUCGAGCAAAUACGGCCGAUGGUCUGCGAUGGUUCAUUGUGGCAGCAUAAGGCAAACUGCACAAAUUCUUCAAAUGUCAAAAGAAUGCUUGCGCACAGGUGACAAAGCGGUGGUGCGUUUUCGCUUCAUUAAAAACCCGGAGUACAUGAAACCGGGCCAACGGAUGGUUUUCCGUGAGGGGCGGACAAAAGCGGUCGGGAAUGUAAUACAGCCACUUUACACACCCGGCAGCAUUCAACAGCGUUCAAAACCGAAUAAAAUGCAGUCCAACCGAGGUGGAACCGUAGCGGUACAAAUUGGGUCGGGAUCCGCAUCGAUCAACAUGCCACUCUCAAAGGGCUCUAGUGCGACCGUUGAUGUUCCUGCGACAGAUGUCGACAAUGACACAACCAGCAGCUCACCGACUAAUGAUUCUACUCCCGUGCUUGACAUUGGCACUGAUAAGCGAAAUCACAGACCACCAGGAGGAGGUGGUAAAAAACGUUUAAACAAUACUGCUACAAGCGCUGCUGCUUCUACGUCCACGGCAACAAGUUUAUCAAACCCCAGCGGUAAGAUCUUGUCCACUGGAGGUGCAACUGCGUCGCAAGCAUCUGGUUCUGCUGCAUCUGGACCCACGCCAUCGACUGGCGCUUCGGUUGCGGUGGACAUGAGCAAACUUUCUAUUGCUUCCAACUAGAUUAGAAAUUAUGUUGUUGUUGAAAUUGACAUGGUCGUAAUGACAUCAUUGAUCCAUUUUUUUAUUAGUCGCUUUGUUUAUCAGCGAGGGACCAUUUGGUUGAAAACCACCUGAAAAAUUGGUUUCUGUUUCAUUUUACUGUACUACUUAUUUAAUAUCAGUCAGUUUUGUAGGACUUGACGUCCCUGUUUGCCAGAUAGAAAUUUCGACACCGCAUGUUGAGAAUGGUUCUGUGGAUACACGAUACGGUUUAGCAAUUAAAUUCAGACCAAGCAACUGAAUUUCAAAGACGAUUUUGAAUGAACUUAGCCAACAAAGCCAUGUUUCAUGAUUUCAUAAUCAAUGGUGUGUGGCUUGGCUCAUGGGCACCAGACAGGAUGUGCCUAGUGCUACAACUUCACCUAGAACUGAGUUACGGAGAAGUGAGAAUUUAACUGAAAUGUAAUAUUGAUAGUGCAAAGUUACGGUAUUGAACACAAUCAUUUGUUUUUGCAACUGAA